AUGGACCUCAAUCCCAGUCCCGCAGUAACGGUGAACGGGAGCGGAGCUCCCUUCUCAGAAAACCUCAUAUUGGACUCCUCCGGCAUUAACAGGACUACCCCCACCAUCAACCCCACCACAGCGCACAACCAAGGCGCCGAAGCCCUUAAAGACGUCGUCUGUGGCUCUGCAGCAGGCAUUGUAGGAAAAUAUAUCGAGUACCCGUUCGACACGGUCAAAGUGCGCCUGCAGUCGCAGCCAGAUCACCUCCCGUUACGGUACACAGGACCGCUGGAUUGCUUCAAGCAGGCGCUGAGGCAGGAUGGGUUCUUGGGCAUCUAUAGGGGAAUCAGUGCACCGUUGGUGGGUGCAGCGGUGGAGAAUGCGUGUUUAUUCUUCAGCUACCGCAUCGCUCAGGACGGAAUCCGCGCCUCCGGCCUCAUCCCUUCCCCCUCCACUACAUCCAACGACCUCCCCUACUCCGCUCUCCUCCUCUGCGGCGCCUUCUCUGGAGCGGUAACAUCCCUCUUCCUCACGCCCAUCGAGCUCGUAAAAUGCAAAAUGCAAGUCCCGCUCGAGGGACCCUCGUCUUCCGCUUCCGCCUCUACCCUCCGCAAACCCACCAUCCCCGCCAUCAUCGCCUCAAUCUACAGGCACCACGGCCUUAUGGGGUAUUGGCACGGCCAACUCGGCACCCUGAUCCGCGAGACGGGCGGCGGCGUCGCCUGGUUCGGCGGCUUCGAAGGAAUGAAAUUGCUCUUCCGGCGCUCUUCUUCCACUACCGGCGAGACUAAGACUGACGAUGACCUCCCCGUCUACCAGCGCAUGCUCGCCGGUGCCGCGGCCGGCGUCGCCUACAACUUCCUCUUCUACCCCGCCGACACGGUAAAGUCGCGCAUGCAGACGGAGGAAGUGAAGGCAUUGACUGGAGAAGCGAGGUCCACCUUUAGUACCGUUGGACGCGCGAUAUGGAGACAACACGGACUCAGGGGUCUGUAUAGGGGCUGCGGGAUCACCUGUGCGAGGAGUGUGCCGAGCUCGGCGUUCAUCUUUACCGUGUAUGAGGAGUUGAAGGGGCGCUGGCCCGAGGGGAGGAAGGAAGAAUAG